CACGACUUGUCUCGCGCGAGACGGGGACACGCCUCGCACGAGAACCCAUUUCUGCUACAGGACACCAGGAAAAGCCCACGAACCGGGGUCCCGUGGUGUUGGUUGAUCCCACCACAAGACCGGGGAUGGUCGGUUCCCGCCUUUCCUCCCCUUCCUUUCCCUCGAUUCGACCAUGGAUCCCCAUCCAUGCGAGGCCACCGCUCGUUUUGAUCGAUCCCGCAGGGCCGGAGGAGUCCGCGGGGUUUACACGGCUCGCAAAAGGCUGGACUGCCACGGCUUGGGAAACAGAACAAUGUCCUUUCUCACAACACGUCAAAGAGCAAAACCACAUAAGCCCCCCAUGUUUGCCUUUAGCCGAACGAUCCAAGGGCGACGCCCGCCGAAGUGAGGCGAGGUGAGGUGAGGAUAUUGCAGACAAUACCACUAGUAACGACGAUCCCUCCUCCCACCGCUCCUCCUCGUCGAGUUACUGGUACUACUCGAUCCUUGAAAAGAUUACAUACUCCCCCUGCCCCUUCCUCUCUCCCCAGAAGGCCCUGGCCACCGCUCACGUGUUGGCUGCGCGCUUCAUAAUCGAUACAUUUAUCCUCUCGGCAAUACCUAUCCAUGUAUCGCGGCCACCGGGAGCCUUAAAAACACUCGACGUCAAGAAAACACACUCUCUCUGCUGGUCCGCACCCUCCAGAUUCCAUCUCAUCAGUGACUCUCCCUCCCGAGAGAGCUCGUCCAAGAGUCCCCGGUUUUGCACCUUUACCUCCUCCCAGAAACCUACCAUGGCAUCGCCGACUACAGACACGACCAGGCGCACGAGCUUGGCCUGUAACCAUUGUCGGCUCAAGAGACAAAAGUGCGAUGGCAACAAGUCCGGCUGUUCGCAAUGCGCCGCCCUCCGAGUCUUUUGCACCUUUCCGGACGCGAAGAAAAGGUAGUCGAGUUCCCCCCUUUCUGCGCGAAUAUCCUCAGCCUGUAGGGUCUCGGAAACAACCUCCUGGGUGCUGACAAACCCCACAAUGUCCAGGGGUCCGGUAAAAGGAUACAUCGACGUGCUGGAAGGCCGGCUCUACGAGCUCGAGUCGGCCUUGCUCCAGGUCCUGCCGCUGGUCUCCAACGAGCAGCUCGACGAGAUCACGGCCUCGAUCCCGCCCAUCCCCAGCCGCCCGCACUUCCGGGCCCGGUUCAGCCAGGCGAACGGCACGGCCGCGACGCCGCCUCCUUCGGAGAUUGUAUUCCAUGGAGCCCAACCGCAACAACAUCAUCAACAGGAAACAGAGGAAAAAGGAAAUCCUCGACAGCGCCACCACCACCAGCGCCACCAGCAGCAGUCACCUCAACUCAUCCCGCCAAUGGGGAUUGGACCGCACACAUGCCCCCUCCAGCGGAACCAGGAGUAUCUGAAACAGAUGAUGUCCGGUUCGUGGCACCAGCAGCAGCACCUGCCCCCUCUGGAGCUGGGCCCCUUCACCAACAGCGAAGGUCCGUGGCCGCCGCCAUCACCGCUCCUGCUCGCCGGGGAUCCCCUCGCGCGACAGGGCCAGUCUCCCUUCUCACCGGCAAGACACAGCUUCGACGGUGGAGGCGGAGGAGGAGGAGGGAUUUCCGAGUUCGACUUGACGCCGGAAAUCUUCACCAGGGGGAGCGCCGCCAGGGAGACCACCGCCGCCACCACCAACACUCCCAUCAUGGUCUCAGCGAGGGGAUUCUAAUUGAGGGGAAGGCUUUCGAAUGGAUGAAUGAAUUAAUGUUAAAGAAACAAAGCUGAAGAGAUAAUUGCUCUCAUCUCGCUCUUCUGGAUAGGGGUGAUCCCGUCUAACGGGAGGGAAGGGGUAUCCCG